GAGUACCGAUAUAGAAAGGAUUGAAGGAACGCAGACGGCAUUCCUGCCUCUACCCCAUACACAACGGGCUCAUGGGCAACGCAGUGCGAGGUAAACGUGAUGGAUAUCGAUCGUGUCUACUCUGGAGAGUCGGUGCGGCACGCUAUCCGCCGUCUUUACGGCGAGCACUCUGAUGUGCCGGUGAAGCUGCCCCACGCCACCGUGCCGCCGAUCACAACGGCGCUGGUGAGAGAGCACGCAGAGGUAUUUGACACGAUUCUGAGAACGGUGCGCGAGCAAGUCGACAGGGAGCAGCAGAGCGCGGAAGAGGCUUCUUUCAACACUACUGCUACAGGUCACUGGCUGUUGAGUGUGCCGCCGUCGUUGUGGCAACACGAAGCGGAGGUCGUGAACUACUUGGGGAUGCUGGUGGCCAUCGACUUCUGCCACUGGGCGGAGGUGCACCCUAUUUCACGAGGGGACAGAGAGGAAGAGAGUGCGACAAUGGAAGAGGGCGGCAUCGUCUCUGCGCCCGGAGAGGCGGUGACCGGCUUUGCAGGGUUCUACACGGUGGUAGAGGAGGAGGAGGAAUCACCGUCUGCGGCAUCCACUCUCCAAAGCGCGGGCUCUCGCGCUACGGAAGUCCUCACCGAGCCAAAAGAUAAAGCCGAGGGCCCGCCUGGCGGAGGAGGAGGAGGUGUUGUUCCAGCUGCGAAGGACGUCACGCUGCUGCGUGGCUCCGCUGCGAUGAUGUUUCUUCUCCGCCGUGCCGUGGCAGUGCAUCGUGUACCGUGGUACGACAUCGACUAUUUGCAGCAGUUUCAUGGCGAUGUCGCGGCUGCGCUGAGAGAAAUGAAGGUGUGUUUUCUAGGCUGCCAAAAAGACGGCGCCACGCCACUCUGGAUGCCAUGCACGCGCGCACGAGUGCGGUUGUUGCUCUCGCUUGCGGAGGCCUUUGCGGAGCAGCACACGUCCUUUUACCAGCUGCUGCGUGAGUGUGCGGGGUACAUGUUUCGCCCACCAGCGAACACCGCCGCGGCGCGUGCGGGCGUGCGUGGCUUCGUGCCGUCGCUUGUGCGUUUUCACCCGCGCUACCACGACUUCGCACACGAGUGCGGCAGCGACGCCUCUUCGGUUUCCUCUUCUUCCUCGUCCGGCCCUGCACACGGAAAUGGCGCUGCCGGUGUGCCGAUUUUAAAAUUGAGUCAGCUGACCGCGCUGGCGCUGGAGCAAUCUCUGCCGGAGCUGUGGCGGUGCCGCUGCCGUUCCGCACCGUCGUCCUUCGCCACAUCGCCUGCAACGGCGUUAUCCUUGUCGUGGAUGGCGGAGCGUGCGGUGGAGGUUGUGAAGUCACACGGCGUUGGACUCUUCACCGAUCGCGCAGAGCUCUCUAUCUGCUGCGACUAUCAAAUCCCCAAGGCGCUGCGGGCUGCGGGGUUGCUGCUCUACGACGCGCACCUUGCGCAGAUGGUGGACCACCACGUCCUUCUGCGGCCUGGUGCUGCGGAGGAAGCUUCGAUCCGCAUCGCAACGCUUGUGGCCGCUGACCGACUGCUAGAAUUUUUAAACGCCCAACGCUCUCACACGUCGUCUUCACAGAAAAGCCCGUCAACCUCCGAGACGACGUGUAUGUCGUGUAGCGUGAAUCACUUGGACUACACUUUGUGGUACAUCGGACGGUACAUGGUGCCUUCAGAAGCACGCCAUCACCUCUGUCGCACGAUCAUGUACUGA